AUGUCCGGCAAUGGUGACAAUAGCGGGGGCGCGAUUCUCGAGCUAGGUGACUAUAACGACCAGGUCCCCCCAUCCCCGUUCCCAGAACCUAUCAAGGAAGAGGAAGCUUCCGUGGAAGGCAGGAAUGUUCCUAUGCCGGAUGUGACUCUAGAGGAGGAACUGUCAGAGUCACUAAUGCCGCUCAAGUGGGUGUUCUUCCCGGAAGCAGACCCCGUUCAGCAGUUUCGCGGAAAGCCGUGGCGCGAGAAGAUCUGGGUGUUUCUCAAGGGCGUGUUCCCGAUCCUCGCGUGGCUUCCUGAGUACGACUGGCGGUACUACCUGCUGGGUGACAUUAUCGGAGGAGUUUCGAUCGCUAUCAUGUCCGUGCCUCAGGACGUCUCAUAUGCCAAGUACGCCAACAUGCCUGCCGAGUUCGCUCUCCGCACCAGUUUCAUCCCGCCGCUGCUCUACGCCAUACAGGGCUCCUCCAAGCAUCUCGUCAUAGCGCCCGUGUCAGUCAUCUCGCAGCUGCUCGGCACGUCCGUCAGCGCGCUGGCCAACCCCGCCACCGACCCGGCGCUCUACACCAGCCUCGUUGUCACCGCUACCUUCUUCUGUGGCCUCUUCCAACUCAUCAUGGGGAUGUGCAGGUUCGGGUUUCUUGUGGAUUUCCUGAACCAGCCGACCAUCGUGGGGUUCCUAUCAGGCUGCUCUCUCACCAUCGCCAUCCAGCAGCUGAAGCUCAUCCUGGGGUACAAGGACUUCACGCUCAGCACCAGCAUCGUCAACAUCAUUGCUGCCAUCGUGCAAUACAGCUACCAGUUUCAGUGGAAGGCGUUCGUCAUGGGCACGUCCUUCUUCCUCUACCUCUCCACCGUGCGCCUGCUGGUGUAUCUGAAGCCCAAGAACAAAGUCUUCUACUACCUCAACGCGCUCGGCCCGCUCACAUCCAUCGUCGUCUCAACCAUCAUCGUGGCCGUUGCCGGGCUGGCGGACAAAGGCAUUCCCACGAUAGGGAAGAUCUCCACGGGGCUGCACGGGGCCUCCUCCAUCUCCUACCUCAACUUCUCAAAAGAUAACGUUGCUGACGUGGCUGCUGUCGGCUUCAUCACCUGCCUUGUCUCCCUUGCGGAGUCAGUGGGCAUUGCCCGUACCUUCGCCAGCCUGUAUGGUUACCACCUCGACGGUAACAAAGAGAUGGUUGCGUUUGGUUCAAUGAACCUGGUCGGCUCCUUCACCUCCUGCUACGUGGCAGCAGGCUCCUUCUCUCGAACGGCAGUGAACAUGCUAGCAGGAGCCAAGACAGCACUCACACAAGUCAUCAUGGCGCUGCUCAUUCUCCUCGUGCUGCUCGUCGCCGCCCCGCUCUUCAAGAACGUCCCCAAUGUGCGUGACUUGACAGGAAUUGUAAGUGAAGGUGCCCCACUUCCACCUUCCUCCUCCUGCUCCGCUUCCUGCUCCUCUGUGAGUUUCCCUCCUUGCUCAACAGCUCGACUUCCAUGCAGCGUGGGCGAUGUGGAGGGUGGACAAGAUGGACUUCCUGGUCAUGCCCAGCUGCUUAUUCCCUCCCUUCCCGCCUCUUUCUCCCCCCCCUCUCAACAGCUCGAUUUCCAUGCAGCGUGGGCGCUGUGGAGGGUGGACAAGAUGGACUUCCUGGUCAUGUCGGGCUGCUUCCUCGCCAUCCUCUUCGGCUCCCCCGAGAUCGGCCUUCUCGUCGCCAUCCUGCUCUCCAUCAUCAAGAUCCUCCUCCGCUCCCUCCGCCCGCACAUCCGCCUGCUCGGACUCCUCCCCAACGCCGCCGCUACAGCCGUGAGCGUGCUGCAGUUCCCCAACAGCGCGCUGUGCGAGGGAAUCGUGAUGCUGAGGGUGGAGAGCCCGCUGUAUUUCCCCGGGGCUAAUUUUGUGAGGCAGCGCGUGAAGAAGCUGUGUGAUGCGUAUGCGAGGGGAUACCAGCAACCAGUCAAGGUGAGCAAUUGUUCUAAAGAACCCUUACUAGUGCUGCAGUUCCCCAACAGCGCGCUGUGCGAGGGAAUCGUGAUGCUGAGGGUGGAGAGCCCGCUGUAUUUCCCCGGGGCUAAUUUUGUGAGGCAGCGCGUGAAGAAGCUGUGUGAUGCGUAUGCGAGGGGAUACCAGCAACCAGUCAAGGUGAGCAAUUGUUCUAAAGAACCCUUACUAGUGCUGCAGUUCCCCAACAGCGCGCUGUGCGAGGGAAUCGUGAUGCUGAGGGUGGAGAGCCCGCUGUAUUUCCCCGGGGCUAAUUUUGUGAGGCAGCGCGUGAAGAAGCUGUGUGAUGCGUAUGCGAGGGGAUACCAGCAACCAGUCAAGGUGAGCAAUUGUUCUAAAGAACCCUUACUAGUGCUGCAGUUCCCCAACAGCGCGCUGUGCGAGGGAAUCGUGAUGCUGAGGGUGGAGAGCCCGCUGUAUUUCCCCGGGGCUAAUUUUGUGAGGCAGCGCGUGAAGAAGCUGUGUGAUGCGUAUGCGAGGGGAUACCAGCAACCAGUCAAGGUGAGCAAUUGUUCUAAAGAACCCUUACUAGUGCUGCAGUUCCCCAACAGCGCGCUGUGCGAGGGAAUCGUGAUGCUGAGGGUGGAGAGCCCGCUGUAUUUCCCCGGGGCUAAUUUUGUGAGGCAGCGCGUGAAGAAGCUGUGUGAUGCGUAUGCGAGGGGAUACCAGCAACCAGUCAAGGUGAGCAAUUGUUCUAAAGAACCCUUACUAGUGCUGCAGUUCCCCAACAGCGCGCUGUGCGAGGGAAUCGUGAUGCUGAGGGUGGAGAGCCCGCUGUAUUUCCCCGGGGCUAAUUUUGUGAGGCAGCGCGUGAAGAAGCUGUGUGAUGCGUAUGCGAGGGGAUACCAGCAACCAGUCAAGGUGAGCAAUUGUUCUAAAGAACCCUUACUAGUGCUGCAGUUCCCCAACAGCGCGCUGUGCGAGGGAAUCGUGAUGCUGAGGGUGGAGAGCCCGCUGUAUUUCCCCGGGGCUAAUUUUGUGAGGCAGCGCGUGAAGAAGCUGUGUGAUGCGUAUGCGAGGGGAUACCAGCAACCAGUCAAGGUGAGCAAUUGUUCUAAAGAACCCUUACUAGUGCUGCAGUUCCCCAACAGCGCGCUGUGCGAGGGAAUCGUGAUGCUGAGGGUGGAGAGCCCGCUGUAUUUCCCCGGGGCUAAUUUUGUGAGGCAGCGCGUGAAGAAGCUGUGUGAUGCGUAUGCGAGGGGAUACCAGCAACCAGUCAAGGUGAGCAAUUGUUCUAAAGAACCCUUACUAGUGCUGCAGUUCCCCAACAGCGCGCUGUGCGAGGGAAUCGUGAUGCUGAGGGUGGAGAGCCCGCUGUAUUUCCCCGGGGCUAAUUUUGUGAGGCAGCGCGUGAAGAAGCUGUGUGAUGCGUAUGCGAGGGGAUACCAGCAACCAGUCAAGGUGAGCAAUUGUUCUAAAGAACCCUUACUAGUGCUGCAGUUCCCCAACAGCGCGCUGUGCGAGGGAAUCGUGAUGCUGAGGGUGGAGAGCCCGCUGUAUUUCCCCGGGGCUAAUUUUGUGAGGCAGCGCGUGAAGAAGCUGUGUGAUGCGUAUGCGAGGGGAUACCAGCAACCAGUCAAGGUGAGCAAUUGUUCUAAAGAACCCUUACUAGUGCUGCAGUUCCCCAACAGCGCGCUGUGCGAGGGAAUCGUGAUGCUGAGGGUGGAGAGCCCGCUGUAUUUCCCCGGGGCUAAUUUUGUGAGGCAGCGCGUGAAGAAGCUGUGUGAUGCGUAUGCGAGGGGAUACCAGCAACCAGUCAAGGUGAGCAAUUGUUCUAAAGAACCCUUACUAGUGCUGCAGUUCCCCAACAGCGCGCUGUGCGAGGGAAUCGUGAUGCUGAGGGUGGAGAGCCCGCUGUAUUUCCCCGGGGCUAAUUUUGUGAGGCAGCGCGUGAAGAAGCUGUGUGAUGCGUAUGCGAGGGGAUACCAGCAACCAGUCAAGGUGAGCAAUUGUUCUAAAGAACCCUUACUAGUGCUGCAGUUCCCCAACAGCGCGCUGUGCGAGGGAAUCGUGAUGCUGAGGGUGGAGAGCCCGCUGUAUUUCCCCGGGGCUAAUUUUGUGAGGCAGCGCGUGAAGAAGCUGUGUGAUGCGUAUGCGAGGGGAUACCAGCAACCAGUCAAGGUGAGCAAUUGUUCUAAAGAACCCUUACUAGUGCUGCAGUUCCCCAACAGCGCGCUGUGCGAGGGAAUCGUGAUGCUGAGGGUGGAGAGCCCGCUGUAUUUCCCCGGGGCUAAUUUUGUGAGGCAGCGCGUGAAGAAGCUGUGUGAUGCGUAUGCGAGGGGAUACCAGCAACCAGUCAAGGUGAGCAAUUGUUCUAAAGAACCCUUACUAGUGCUGCAGUUCCCCAACAGCGCGCUGUGCGAGGGAAUCGUGAUGCUGAGGGUGGAGAGCCCGCUGUAUUUCCCCGGGGCUAAUUUUGUGAGGCAGCGCGUGAAGAAGCUGUGUGAUGCGUAUGCGAGGGGAUACCAGCAACCAGUCAAGGUGAGCAAUUGUUCUAAAGAACCCUUACUAGUGCUGCAGUUCCCCAACAGCGCGCUGUGCGAGGGAAUCGUGAUGCUGAGGGUGGAGAGCCCGCUGUAUUUCCCCGGGGCUAAUUUUGUGAGGCAGCGCGUGAAGAAGCUGUGUGAUGCGUAUGCGAGGGGAUACCAGCAACCAGUCAAGGUGAGCAAUUGUUCUAAAGAACCCUUACUAGUGCUGCAGUUCCCCAACAGCGCGCUGUGCGAGGGAAUCGUGAUGCUGAGGGUGGAGAGCCCGCUGUAUUUCCCCGGGGCUAAUUUUGUGAGGCAGCGCGUGAAGAAGCUGUGUGAUGCGUAUGCGAGGGGAUACCAGCAACCAGUCAAGGUGAGCAAUUGUUCUAAAGAACCCUUACUAGUGCUGCAGUUCCCCAACAGCGCGCUGUGCGAGGGAAUCGUGAUGCUGAGGGUGGAGAGCCCGCUGUAUUUCCCCGGGGCUAAUUUUGUGAGGCAGCGCGUGAAGAAGCUGUGUGAUGCGUAUGCGAGGGGAUACCAGCAACCAGUCAAGGUGAGCAAUUGUUCUAAAGAACCCUUACUAGUGCUGCAGUUCCCCAACAGCGCGCUGUGCGAGGGAAUCGUGAUGCUGAGGGUGGAGAGCCCGCUGUAUUUCCCCGGGGCUAAUUUUGUGAGGCAGCGCGUGAAGAAGCUGUGUGAUGCGUAUGCGAGGGGAUACCAGCAACCAGUCAAGGUGAGCAAUUGUUCUAAAGAACCCUUACUAGUGCUGCAGUUCCCCAACAGCGCGCUGUGCGAGGGAAUCGUGAUGCUGAGGGUGGAGAGCCCGCUGUAUUUCCCCGGGGCUAAUUUUGUGAGGCAGCGCGUGAAGAAGCUGUGUGAUGCGUAUGCGAGGGGAUACCAGCAACCAGUCAAGGUGAGCAAUUGUUCUAAAGAACCCUUACUAGUGCUGCAGUUCCCCAACAGCGCGCUGUGCGAGGGAAUCGUGAUGCUGAGGGUGGAGAGCCCGCUGUAUUUCCCCGGGGCUAAUUUUGUGAGGCAGCGCGUGAAGAAGCUGUGUGAUGCGUAUGCGAGGGGAUACCAGCAACCAGUCAAGGUGAGCAAUUGUUCUAAAGAACCCUUACUAGUGCUGCAGUUCCCCAACAGCGCGCUGUGCGAGGGAAUCGUGAUGCUGAGGGUGGAGAGCCCGCUGUAUUUCCCCGGGGCUAAUUUUGUGAGGCAGCGCGUGAAGAAGCUGUGUGAUGCGUAUGCGAGGGGAUACCAGCAACCAGUCAAGGUGAGCAAUUGUUCUAAAGAACCCUUACUAGUGCUGCAGUUCCCCAACAGCGCGCUGUGCGAGGGAAUCGUGAUGCUGAGGGUGGAGAGCCCGCUGUAUUUCCCCGGGGCUAAUUUUGUGAGGCAGCGCGUGAAGAAGCUGUGUGAUGCGUAUGCGAGGGGAUACCAGCAACCAGUCAAGGUGAGCAAUUGUUCUAAAGAACCCUUACUAGUGCUGCAGUUCCCCAACAGCGCGCUGUGCGAGGGAAUCGUGAUGCUGAGGGUGGAGAGCCCGCUGUAUUUCCCCGGGGCUAAUUUUGUGAGGCAGCGCGUGAAGAAGCUGUGUGAUGCGUAUGCGAGGGGAUACCAGCAACCAGUCAAGGUGAGCAAUUGUUCUAAAGAACCCUUACUAGUGCUGCAGUUCCCCAACAGCGCGCUGUGCGAGGGAAUCGUGAUGCUGAGGGUGGAGAGCCCGCUGUAUUUCCCCGGGGCUAAUUUUGUGAGGCAGCGCGUGAAGAAGCUGUGUGAUGCGUAUGCGAGGGGAUACCAGCAACCAGUCAAGGUGAGCAAUUGUUCUAAAGAACCCUUACUAGUGCUGCAGUUCCCCAACAGCGCGCUGUGCGAGGGAAUCGUGAUGCUGAGGGUGGAGAGCCCGCUGUAUUUCCCCGGGGCUAAUUUUGUGAGGCAGCGCGUGAAGAAGCUGUGUGAUGCGUAUGCGAGGGGAUACCAGCAACCAGUCAAGCGCGUGAAGAAGCUGUGUGAUGCGUAUGCGAGGGGAUACCAGCAACCAGUCAAGGUGAGCAAUUGUUCUAAAGAACCCUUACUAGUGCUGCAGUUCCCCAACAGCGCGCUGUGCGAGGGAAUCGUGAUGCUGAGGGUGGAGAGCCCGCUGUAUUUCCCCGGGGCUAAUUUUGUGAGGCAGCGCGUGAAGAAGCUGUGUGAUGCGUAUGCGAGGGGAUACCAGCAACCAGUCAAGGUGAGCAAUUGUUCUAAAGAACCCUUACUAGUGCUGCAGUUCCCCAACAGCGCGCUGUGCGAGGGAAUCGUGAUGCUGAGGGUGGAGAGCCCGCUGUAUUUCCCCGGGGCUAAUUUUGUGAGGCAGCGCGUGAAGAAGCUGUGUGAUGCGUAUGCGAGGGGAUACCAGCAACCAGUCAAGGUGAGCAAUUGUUCUAAAGAACCCUUACUAGUGCUGCAGUUCCCCAACAGCGCGCUGUGCGAGGGAAUCGUGAUGCUGAGGGUGGAGAGCCCGCUGUAUUUCCCCGGGGCUAAUUUUGUGAGGCAGCGCGUGAAGAAGCUGUGUGAUGCGUAUGCGAGGGGAUACCAGCAACCAGUCAAGGUGAGCAAUUGUUCUAAAGAACCCUUACUAGUGCUGCAGUUCCCCAACAGCGCGCUGUGCGAGGGAAUCGUGAUGCUGAGGGUGGAGAGCCCGCUGUAUUUCCCCGGGGCUAAUUUUGUGAGGCAGCGCGUGAAGAAGCUGUGUGAUGCGUAUGCGAGGGGAUACCAGCAACCAGUCAAGGUGAGCAAUUGUUCUAAAGAACCCUUACUAGUGCUGCAGUUCCCCAACAGCGCGCUGUGCGAGGGAAUCGUGAUGCUGAGGGUGGAGAGCCCGCUGUAUUUCCCCGGGGCUAAUUUUGUGAGGCAGCGCGUGAAGAAGCUGUGUGAUGCGUAUGCGAGGGGAUACCAGCAACCAGUCAAGGUGAGCAAUUGUUCUAAAGAACCCUUACUAGUGCUGCAGUUCCCCAACAGCGCGCUGUGCGAGGGAAUCGUGAUGCUGAGGGUGGAGAGCCCGCUGUAUUUCCCCGGGGCUAAUUUUGUGAGGCAGCGCGUGAAGAAGCUGUGUGAUGCGUAUGCGAGGGGAUACCAGCAACCAGUCAAGGUGAGCAAUUGUUCUAAAGAACCCUUACUAGUGCUGCAGUUCCCCAACAGCGCGCUGUGCGAGGGAAUCGUGAUGCUGAGGGUGGAGAGCCCGCUGUAUUUCCCCGGGGCUAAUUUUGUGAGGCAGCGCGUGAAGAAGCUGUGUGAUGCGUAUGCGAGGGGAUACCAGCAACCAGUCAAGGUGAGCAAUUGUUCUAAAGAACCCUUACUAGUGCUGCAGUUCCCCAACAGCGCGCUGUGCGAGGGAAUCGUGAUGCUGAGGGUGGAGAGCCCGCUGUAUUUCCCCGGGGCUAAUUUUGUGAGGCAGCGCGUGAAGAAGCUGUGUGAUGCGUAUGCGAGGGGAUACCAGCAACCAGUCAAGGUGAGCAAUUGUUCUAAAGAACCCUUACUAGUGCUGCAGUUCCCCAACAGCGCGCUGUGCGAGGGAAUCGUGAUGCUGAGGGUGGAGAGCCCGCUGUAUUUCCCCGGGGCUAAUUUUGUGAGGCAGCGCGUGAAGAAGCUGUGUGAUGCGUAUGCGAGGGGAUACCAGCAACCAGUCAAGGUGAGCAAUUGUUCUAAAGAACCCUUACUAGUGCUGCAGUUCCCCAACAGCGCGCUGUGCGAGGGAAUCGUGAUGCUGAGGGUGGAGAGCCCGCUGUAUUUCCCCGGGGCUAAUUUUGUGAGGCAGCGCGUGAAGAAGCUGUGUGAUGCGUAUGCGAGGGGAUACCAGCAACCAGUCAAGGUGAGCAAUUGUUCUAAAGAACCCUUACUAGUGCUGCAGUUCCCCAACAGCGCGCUGUGCGAGGGAAUCGUGAUGCUGAGGGUGGAGAGCCCGCUGUAUUUCCCCGGGGCUAAUUUUGUGAGGCAGCGCGUGAAGAAGCUGUGUGAUGCGUAUGCGAGGGGAUACCAGCAACCAGUCAAGGUGAGAAAUUGUUCUAAAGAACCCUUACUAGUGCUGCAGUUCCCCAACAGCGCGCUGUGCGAGGGAAUCGUGAUGCUGAGGGUGGAGAGCCCGCUGUAUUUCCCCGGGGCUAAUUUUGUGAGGCAGCGCGUGAAGAAGCUGUGUGAUGCGUAUGCGAGGGGAUACCAGCAACCAGUCAAGGUGAGCAAUUGUUCUAAAGAACCCUUACUAGUGCUGCAGUUCCCCAACAGCGCGCUGUGCGAGGGAAUCGUGAUGCUGAGGGUGGAGAGCCCGCUGUAUUUCCCCGGGGCUAAUUUUGUGAGGCAGCGCGUGAAGAAGCUGUGUGAUGCGUAUGCGAGGGGAUACCAGCAACCAGUCAAGGUGAGCAAUUGUUCUAAAGAACCCUUACUAGUGCUGCAGUUCCCCAACAGCGCGCUGUGCGAGGGAAUCGUGAUGCUGAGGGUGGAGAGCCCGCUGUAUUUCCCCGGGGCUAAUUUUGUGAGGCAGCGCGUGAAGAAGCUGUGUGAUGCGUAUGCGAGGGGAUACCAGCAACCAGUCAAGGUGAGCAAUUGUUCUAAAGAACCCUUACUAGUGCUGCAGUUCCCCAACAGCGCGCUGUGCGAGGGAAUCGUGAUGCUGAGGGUGGAGAGCCCGCUGUAUUUCCCCGGGGCUAAUUUUGUGAGGCAGCGCGUGAAGAAGCUGUGUGAUGCGUAUGCGAGGGGAUACCAGCAACCAGUCAAGGUGAGCAAUUGUUCUAAAGAACCCUUACUAGUGCUGCAGUUCCCCAACAGCGCGCUGUGCGAGGGAAUCGUGAUGCUGAGGGUGGAGAGCCCGCUGUAUUUCCCCGGGGCUAAUUUUGUGAGGCAGCGCGUGAAGAAGCUGUGUGAUGCGUAUGCGAGGGGAUACCAGCAACCAGUCAAGGUGAGCAAUUGUUCUAAAGAACCCUUACUAGUGCUGCAGUUCCCCAACAGCGCGCUGUGCGAGGGAAUCGUGAUGCUGAGGGUGGAGAGCCCGCUGUAUUUCCCCGGGGCUAAUUUUGUGAGGCAGCGCGUGAAGAAGCUGUGUGAUGCGUAUGCGAGGGGAUACCAGCAACCAGUCAAGGUGAGCAAUUGUUCUAAAGAACCCUUACUAGUGCUGCAGUUCCCCAACAGCGCGCUGUGCGAGGGAAUCGUGAUGCUGAGGGUGGAGAGCCCGCUGUAUUUCCCCGGGGCUAAUUUUGUGAGGCAGCGCGUGAAGAAGCUGUGUGAUGCGUAUGCGAGGGGAUACCAGCAACCAGUCAAGGUGAGCAAUUGUUCUAAAGAACCCUUACUAGUGCUGCAGUUCCCCAACAGCGCGCUGUGCGAGGGAAUCGUGAUGCUGAGGGUGGAGAGCCCGCUGUAUUUCCCCGGGGCUAAUUUUGUGAGGCAGCGCGUGAAGAAGCUGUGUGAUGCGUAUGCGAGGGGAUACCAGCAACCAGUCAAGGUGAGCAAUUGUUCUAAAGAACCCUUACUAGUGCUGCAGUUCCCCAACAGCGCGCUGUGCGAGGGAAUCGUGAUGCUGAGGGUGGAGAGCCCGCUGUAUUUCCCCGGGGCUAAUUUUGUGAGGCAGCGCGUGAAGAAGCUGUGUGAUGCGUAUGCGAGGGGAUACCAGCAACCAGUCAAGGUGAGCAAUUGUUCUAAAGAACCCUUACUAGUGCUGCAGUUCCCCAACAGCGCGCUGUGCGAGGGAAUCGUGAUGCUGAGGGUGGAGAGCCCGCUGUAUUUCCCCGGGGCUAAUUUUGUGAGGCAGCGCGUGAAGAAGCUGUGUGAUGCGUAUGCGAGGGGAUACCAGCAACCAGUCAAGGUGAGCAAUUGUUCUAAAGAACCCUUACUAGUGCUGCAGUUCCCCAACAGCGCGCUGUGCGAGGGAAUCGUGAUGCUGAGGGUGGAGAGCCCGCUGUAUUUCCCCGGGGCUAAUUUUGUGAGGCAGCGCGUGAAGAAGCUGUGUGAUGCGUAUGCGAGGGGAUACCAGCAACCAGUCAAGGUGAGCAAUUGUUCUAAAGAACCCUUACUAGUGCUGCAGUUCCCCAACAGCGCGCUGUGCGAGGGAAUCGUGAUGCUGAGGGUGGAGAGCCCGCUGUAUUUCCCCGGGGCUAAUUUUGUGAGGCAGCGCGUGAAGAAGCUGUGUGAUGCGUAUGCGAGGGGAUACCAGCAACCAGUCAAGGUGAGCAAUUGUUCUAAAGAACCCUUACUAGUGCUGCAGUUCCCCAACAGCGCGCUGUGCGAGGGAAUCGUGAUGCUGAGGGUGGAGAGCCCGCUGUAUUUCCCCGGGGCUAAUUUUGUGAGGCAGCGCGUGAAGAAGCUGUGUGAUGCGUAUGCGAGGGGAUACCAGCAACCAGUCAAGGUGAGCAAUUGUUCUAAAGAACCCUUACUAGUGCUGCAGUUCCCCAACAGCGCGCUGUGCGAGGGAAUCGUGAUGCUGAGGGUGGAGAGCCCGCUGUAUUUCCCCGGGGCUAAUUUUGUGAGGCAGCGCGUGAAGAAGCUGUGUGAUGCGUAUGCGAGGGGAUACCAGCAACCAGUCAAGGUGAGCAAUUGUUCUAAAGAACCCUUACUAGUGCUGCAGUUCCCCAACAGCGCGCUGUGCGAGGGAAUCGUGAUGCUGAGGGUGGAGAGCCCGCUGUAUUUCCCCGGGGCUAAUUUUGUGAGGCAGCGCGUGAAGAAGCUGUGUGAUGCGUAUGCGAGGGGAUACCAGCAACCAGUCAAGGUGAGCAAUUGUUCUAAAGAACCCUUACUAGUGCUGCAGUUCCCCAACAGCGCGCUGUGCGAGGGAAUCGUGAUGCUGAGGGUGGAGAGCCCGCUGUAUUUCCCCGGGGCUAAUUUUGUGAGGCAGCGCGUGAAGAAGCUGUGUGAUGCGUAUGCGAGGGGAUACCAGCAACCAGUCAAGGUGAGAAAUUGUUCUAAAGAACCCUUACUAGUGCUGCAGUUCCCCAACAGCGCGCUGUGCGAGGGAAUCGUGAUGCUGAGGGUGGAGAGCCCGCUGUAUUUCCCCGGGGCUAAUUUUGUGAGGCAGCGCGUGAAGAAGCUGUGUGAUGCGUAUGCGAGGGGAUACCAGCAACCAGUCAAGGUGAGCAAUUGUUCUAAAGAACCCUUACUAGUGCUGCAGUUCCCCAACAGCGCGCUGUGCGAGGGAAUCGUGAUGCUGAGGGUGGAGAGCCCGCUGUAUUUCCCCGGGGCUAAUUUUGUGAGGCAGCGCGUGAAGAAGCUGUGUGAUGCGUAUGCGAGGGGAUACCAGCAACCAGUCAAGGUGAGCAAUUGUUCUAAAGAACCCUUACUAGUGCUGCAGUUCCCCAACAGCGCGCUGUGCGAGGGAAUCGUGAUGCUGAGGGUGGAGAGCCCGCUGUAUUUCCCCGGGGCUAAUUUUGUGAGGCAGCGCGUGAAGAAGCUGUGUGAUGCGUAUGCGAGGGGAUACCAGCAACCAGUCAAGGUGAGCAAUUGUUCUAAAGAACCCUUACUAGUGCUGCAGUUCCCCAACAGCGCGCUGUGCGAGGGAAUCGUGAUGCUGAGGGUGGAGAGCCCGCUGUAUUUCCCCGGGGCUAAUUUUGUGAGGAAGCGCGUGAAGAAGCUGUGUGAUGCGUAUGCGAGGGGAUACCAGCAACCAGUCAAGGUGAGCAAUUGUUCUAAAGAACCCUUACUAGUGCUGCAGUUCCCCAACAGCGCGCUGUGCGAGGGAAUCGUGAUGCUGAGGGUGGAGAGCCCGCUGUAUUUCCCCGGGGCUAAUUUUGUGAGGCAGCGCGUGAAGAAGCUGUGUGAUGCGUAUGCGAGGGGAUACCAGCAACCAGUCAAGGUGAGCAAUUGUUCUAAAGAACCCUUACUAGUGCUGCAGUUCCCCAACAGCGCGCUGUGCGAGGGAAUCGUGAUGCUGAGGGUGGAGAGCCCGCUGUAUUUCCCCGGGGCUAAUUUUGUGAGGCAGCGCGUGAAGAAGCUGUGUGAUGCGUAUGCGAGGGGAUACCAGCAACCAGUCAAGGUGAGCAAUUGUUCUAAAGAACCCUUACUAGUGCUGCAGUUCCCCAACAGCGCGCUGUGCGAGGGAAUCGUGAUGCUGAGGGUGGAGAGCCCGCUGUAUUUCCCCGGGGCUAAUUUUGUGAGGCAGCGCGUGAAGAAGCUGUGUGAUGCGUAUGCGAGGGGAUACCAGCAACCAGUCAAGGUGAGCAAUUGUUCUAAAGAACCCUUACUAGUGCUGCAGUUCCCCAACAGCGCGCUGUGCGAGGGAAUCGUGAUGCUGAGGGUGGAGAGCCCGCUGUAUUUCCCCGGGGCUAAUUUUGUGAGGCAGCGCGUGAAGAAGCUGUGUGAUGCGUAUGCGAGGGGAUACCAGCAACCAGUCAAGGUGAGCAAUUGUUCUAAAGAACCCUUACUAGUGCUGCAGUUCCCCAACAGCGCGCUGUGCGAGGGAAUCGUGAUGCUGAGGGUGGAGAGCCCGCUGUAUUUCCCCGGGGCUAAUUUUGUGAGGCAGCGCGUGAAGAAGCUGUGUGAUGCGUAUGCGAGGGGAUACCAGCAACCAGUCAAGGUGAGCAAUUGUUCUAAAGAACCCUUACUAGUGCUGCAGUUCCCCAACAGCGCGCUGUGCGAGGGAAUCGUGAUGCUGAGGGUGGAGAGCCCGCUGUAUUUCCCCGGGGCUAAUUUUGUGAGGCAGCGCGUGAAGAAGCUGUGUGAUGCGUAUGCGAGGGGAUACCAGCAACCAGUCAAGGUGAGCAAUUGUUCUAAAGAACCCUUACUAGUGCUGCAGUUCCCCAACAGCGCGCUGUGCGAGGGAAUCGUGAUGCUGAGGGUGGAGAGCCCGCUGUAUUUCCCCGGGGCUAAUUUUGUGAGGCAGCGCGUGAAGAAGCUGUGUGAUGCGUAUGCGAGGGGAUACCAGCAACCAGUCAAGGUGAGCAAUUGUUCUAAAGAACCCUUACUAGUGCUGCAGUUCCCCAACAGCGCGCUGUGCGAGGGAAUCGUGAUGCUGAGGGUGGAGAGCCCGCUGUAUUUCCCCGGGGCUAAUUUUGUGAGGCAGCGCGUGAAGAAGCUGUGUGAUGCGUAUGCGAGGGGAUACCAGCAACCAGUCAAGGUGAGCAAUUGUUCUAAAGAACCCUUACUAGUGCUGCAGUUCCCCAACAGCGCGCUGUGCGAGGGAAUCGUGAUGCUGAGGGUGGAGAGCCCGCUGUAUUUCCCCGGGGCUAAUUUUGUGAGGCAGCGCGUGAAGAAGCUGUGUGAUGCGUAUGCGAGGGGAUACCAGCAACCAGUCAAGGUGAGCAAUUGUUCUAAAGAACCCUUACUAGUGCUGCAGUUCCCCAACAGCGCGCUGUGCGAGGGAAUCGUGAUGCUGAGGGUGGAGAGCCCGCUGUAUUUCCCCGGGGCUAAUUUUGUGAGGCAGCGCGUGAAGAAGCUGUGUGAUGCGUAUGCGAGGGGAUACCAGCAACCAGUCAAGGUGAGCAAUUGUUCUAAAGAACCCUUACUAGUGCUGCAGUUCCCCAACAGCGCGCUGUGCGAGGGAAUCGUGAUGCUGAGGGUGGAGAGCCCGCUGUAUUUCCCCGGGGCUAAUUUUGUGAGGCAGCGCGUGAAGAAGCUGUGUGAUGCGUAUGCGAGGGGAUACCAGCAACCAGUCAAGGUGAGCAAUUGUUCUAAAGAACCCUUACUAGUGCUGCAGUUCCCCAACAGCGCGCUGUGCGAGGGAAUCGUGAUGCUGAGGGUGGAGAGCCCGCUGUAUUUCCCCGGGGCUAAUUUUGUGAGGCAGCGCGUGAAGAAGCUGUGUGAUGCGUAUGCGAGGGGAUACCAGCAACCAGUCAAGGUGAGCAAUUGUUCUAAAGAACCCUUACUAGUGCUGCAGUUCCCCAACAGCGCGCUGUGCGAGGGAAUCGUGAUGCUGAGGGUGGAGAGCCCGCUGUAUUUCCCCGGGGCUAAUUUUGUGAGGCAGCGCGUGAAGAAGCUGUGUGAUGCGUAUGCGAGGGGAUACCAGCAACCAGUCAAGGUGAGCAAUUGUUCUAAAGAACCCUUACUAGUGCUGCAGUUCCCCAACAGCGCGCUGUGCAAGGGAAUCGUGAUGCUGAGGGUGGAGAGCCCGCUGUAUUUCCCCGGGGCUAAUUUUGUGAGGCAGCGCGUGAAGAAGCUGUGUGAUGCGUAUGCGAGGGGAUACCAGCAACCAGUCAAGGUGAGCAAUUGUUCUAAAGAACCCUUACUAGUGCUGCAGUUCCCCAACAGCGCGCUGUGCGAGGGAAUCGUGAUGCUGAGGGUGGAGAGCCCGCUGUAUUUCCCCGGGGCUAAUUUUGUGAGGCAGCGCGUGAAGAAGCUGUGUGAUGCGUAUGCGAGGGGAUACCAGCAACCAGUCAAGGUGAGCAAUUGUUCUAAAGAACCCUUACUAGUGCUGCAGUUCCCCAACAGCGCGCUGUGCGAGGGAAUCGUGAUGCUGAGGGUGGAGAGCCCGCUGUAUUUCCCCGGGGCUAAUUUUGUGAGGCAGCGCGUGAAGAAGCUGUGUGAUGCGUAUGCGAGGGGAUACCAGCAACCAGUCAAGGUGAGCAAUUGUUCUAAAGAACCCUUACUAGUGCUGCAGUUCCCCAACAGCGCGCUGUGCGAGGGAAUCGUGAUGCUGAGGGUGGAGAGCCCGCUGUAUUUCCCCGGGGCUAAUUUUGUGAGGCAGCGCGUGAAGAAGCUGUGUGAUGCGUAUGCGAGGGGAUACCAGCAACCAGUCAAGGUGAGCAAUUGUUCUAAAGAACCCUUACUAGUGCUGCAGUUCCCCAACAGCGCGCUGUGCGAGGGAAUCGUGAUGCUGAGGGUGGAGAGCCCGCUGUAUUUCCCCGGGGCUAAUUUUGUGAGGCAGCGCGUGAAGAAGCUGUGUGAUGCGUAUGCGAGGGGAUACCAGCAACCAGUCAAGGUGAGCAAUUGUUCUAAAGAACCCUUACUAGUGCUGCAGUUCCCCAACAGCGCGCUGUGCGAGGGAAUCGUGAUGCUGAGGGUGGAGAGCCCGCUGUAUUUCCCCGGGGCUAAUUUUGUGAGGCAGCGCGUGAAGAAGCUGUGUGAUGCGUAUGCGAGGGGAUACCAGCAACCAGUCAAGGUGAGCAAUUGUUCUAAAGAACCCUUACUAGUGCUGCAGUUCCCCAACAGCGCGCUGUGCGAGGGAAUCGUGAUGCUGAGGGUGGAGAGCCCGCUGUAUUUCCCCGGGGCUAAUUUUGUGAGGCAGCGCGUGAAGAAGCUGUGUGAUGCGUAUGCGAGGGGAUACCAGCAACCAGUCAAGGUGAGCAAUUGUUCUAAAGAACCCUUACUAGUGCUGCAGUUCCCCAACAGCGCGCUGUGCGAGGGAAUCGUGAUGCUGAGGGUGGAGAGCCCGCUGUAUUUCCCCGGGGCUAAUUUUGUGAGGCAGCGCGUGAAGAAGCUGUGUGAUGCGUAUGCGAGGGGAUACCAGCAACCAGUCAAGGUGAGCAAUUGUUCUAAAGAACCCUUACUAGUGCUGCAGUUCCCCAACAGCGCGCUGUGCGAGGGAAUCGUGAUGCUGAGGGUGGAGAGCCCGCUGUAUUUCCCCGGGGCUAAUUUUGUGAGGCAGCGCGUGAAGAAGCUGUGUGAUGCGUAUGCGAGGGGAUACCAGCAACCAGUCAAGGUGAGCAAUUGUUCUAAAGAACCCUUACUAGUGCUGCAGUUCCCCAACAGCGCGCUGUGCGAGGGAAUCGUGAUGCUGAGGGUGGAGAGCCCGCUGUAUUUCCCCGGGGCUAAUUUUGUGAGGCAGCGCGUGAAGAAGCUGUGUGAUGCGUAUGCGAGGGGAUACCAGCAACCAGUCAAGGUGAGCAAUUGUUCUAAAGAACCCUUACUAGUGCUGCAGUUCCCCAACAGCGCGCUGUGCGAGGGAAUCGUGAUGCUGAGGGUGGAGAGCCCGCUGUAUUUCCCCGGGGCUAAUUUUGUGAGGCAGCGCGUGAAGAAGCUGUGUGAUGCGUAUGCGAGGGGAUACCAGCAACCAGUCAAGGUGAGCAAUUGUUCUAAAGAACCCUUACUAGUGCUGCAGUUCCCCAACAGCGCGCUGUGCGAGGGAAUCGUGAUGCUGAGGGUGGAGAGCCCGCUGUAUUUCCCCGGGGCUAAUUUUGUGAGGCAGCGCGUGAAGAAGCUGUGUGAUGCGUAUGCGAGGGGAUACCAGCAACCAGUCAAGGUGAGCAAUUGUUCUAAAGAACCCUUACUAGUGCUGCAGUUCCCCAACAGCGCGCUGUGCGAGGGAAUCGUGAUGCUGAGGGUGGAGAGCCCGCUGUAUUUCCCCGGGGCUAAUUUUGUGAGGCAGCGCGUGAAGAAGCUGUGUGAUGCGUAUGCGAGGGGAUACCAGCAACCAGUCAAGGUGAGCAAUUGUUCUAAAGAACCCUUACUAGUGCUGCAGUUCCCCAACAGCGCGCUGUGCGAGGGAAUCGUGAUGCUGAGGGUGGAGAGCCCGCUGUAUUUCCCCGGGGCUAAUUUUGUGAGGCAGCGCGUGAAGAAGCUGUGUGAUGCGUAUGCGAGGGGAUACCAGCAACCAGUCAAGGUGAGCAAUUGUUCUAAAGAACCCUUACUAGUGCUGCAGUUCCCCAACAGCGCGCUGUGCGAGGGAAUCGUGAUGCUGAGGGUGGAGAGCCCGCUGUAUUUCCCCGGGGCUAAUUUUGUGAGGCAGCGCGUGAAGAAGCUGUGUGAUGCGUAUGCGAGGGGAUACCAGCAACCAGUCAAGGUGAGCAAUUGUUCUAAAGAACCCUUACUAGUGCUGCAGUUCCCCAACAGCGCGCUGUGCGAGGGAAUCGUGAUGCUGAGGGUGGAGAGCCCGCUGUAUUUCCCCGGGGCUAAUUUUGUGAGGCAGCGCGUGAAGAAGCUGUGUGAUGCGUAUGCGAGGGGAUACCAGCAACCAGUCAAGGUGAGCAAUUGUUCUAAAGAACCCUUACUAGUGCUGCAGUUCCCCAACAGCGCGCUGUGCGAGGGAAUCGUGAUGCUGAGGGUGGAGAGCCCGCUGUAUUUCCCCGGGGCUAAUUUUGUGAGGCAGCGCGUGAAGAAGCUGUGUGAUGCGUAUGCGAGGGGAUACCAGCAACCAGUCAAGGUGAGCAAUUGUUCUAAAGAACCCUUACUAGUGCUGCAGUUCCCCAACAGCGCGCUGUGCGAGGGAAUCGUGAUGCUGAGGGUGGAGAGCCCGCUGUAUUUCCCCGGGGCUAAUUUUGUGAGGCAGCGCGUGAAGAAGCUGUGUGAUGCGUAUGCGAGGGGAUACCAGCAACCAGUCAAGGUGAGCAAUUGUUCUAAAGAACCCUUACUAGUGCUGCAGUUCCCCAACAGCGCGCUGUGCGAGGGAAUCGUGAUGCUGAGGGUGGAGAGCCCGCUGUAUUUCCCCGGGGCUAAUUUUGUGAGGCAGCGCGUGAAGAAGCUGUGUGAUGCGUAUGCGAGGGGAUACCAGCAACCAGUCAAGGUGAGCAAUUGUUCUAAAGAACCCUUACUAGUGCUGCAGUUCCCCAACAGCGCGCUGUGCGAGGGAAUCGUGAUGCUGAGGGUGGAGAGCCCGCUGUAUUUCCCCGGGGCUAAUUUUGUGAGGCAGCGCGUGAAGAAGCUGUGUGAUGCGUAUGCGAGGGGAUACCAGCAACCAGUCAAGGUGAGCAAUUGUUCUAAAGAACCCUUACUAGUGCUGCAGUUCCCCAACAGCGCGCUGUGCGAGGGAAUCGUGAUGCUGAGGGUGGAGAGCCCGCUGUAUUUCCCCGGGGCUAAUUUUGUGAGGCAGCGCGUGAAGAAGCUGUGUGAUGCGUAUGCGAGGGGAUACCAGCAACCAGUCAAGGUGAGCAAUUGUUCUAAAGAACCCUUACUAGUGCUGCAGUUCCCCAACAGCGCGCUGUGCGAGGGAAUCGUGAUGCUGAGGGUGGAGAGCCCGCUGUAUUUCCCCGGGGCUAAUUUUGUGAGGCAGCGCGUGAAGAAGCUGUGUGAUGCGUAUGCGAGGGGAUACCAGCAACCAGUCAAGGUGAGCAAUUGUUCUAAAGAACCCUUACUAGUGCUGCAGUUCCCCAACAGCGCGCUGUGCGAGGGAAUCGUGAUGCUGAGGGUGGAGAGCCCGCUGUAUUUCCCCGGGGCUAAUUUUGUGAGGCAGCGCGUGAAGAAGCUGUGUGAUGCGUAUGCGAGGGGAUACCAGCAACCAGUCAAGGUGAGCAAUUGUUCUAAAGAACCCUUACUAGUGCUGCAGUUCCCCAACAGCGCGCUGUGCGAGGGAAUCGUGAUGCUGAGGGUGGAGAGCCCGCUGUAUUUCCCCGGGGCUAAUUUUGUGAGGCAGCGCGUGAAGAAGCUGUGUGAUGCGUAUGCGAGGGGAUACCAGCAACCAGUCAAGGUGAGCAAUUGUUCUAAAGAACCCUUACUAGUGCUGCAGUUCCCCAACAGCGCGCUGUGCGAGGGAAUCGUGAUGCUGAGGGUGGAGAGCCCGCUGUAUUUCCCCGGGGCUAAUUUUGUGAGGCAGCGCGUGAAGAAGCUGUGUGAUGCGUAUGCGAGGGGAUACCAGCAACCAGUCAAGGUGAGCAAUUGUUCUAAAGAACCCUUACUAGUGCUGCAGUUCCCCAACAGCACGCUGUGGGAGGGGAUCGUGAUGCUGAGGGUGGAAAGCCCGCUGUAUUUCCCCGGGGCUAACUUUGUGAGGCAGCGCGUGAAGAAGCUGUGUGAUGCGUAUGCGAGGGGAUACCAGCAACCAGUCAAGGUGAGCAAUUGUUCUAAAGAACCCUUACUAGUGCUGCAGUUCCCCAACAGCACGCUGUGUGAGGGGAUCGUGAUGCUGAGGGUGGAAAGCCCGCUGUAUUUCCCCGGGGCUAACUUUGUGAGGCAGCGCGUGAAGAAGCUGUGUGACGCUUAUGCGAGGGGGUACCAGCAGCCAGUCAAGAUCUUUGUGCGGCAGCGCGUGAAGAAGCUGUGUGAUGCGUACGCAAGGGGAUACCAGCAGCUAGUCAAGCACUGCGUGUUGGACCUAUCAGUGAUGCAUGACAUCGAUGUGACGGCCAUUGAAGCCAUGAGGGAUCUGCACCGCGACCUCACACAGAUGGGCAUCCAGCUGUGUCUGGCGAGUGCCAACAGGGACGUCCUCCGCAAGAUGUUUGACGCGCAGCUAUUAGCAGAGAUAGGCGAGCAGUGGCUCUUCGUCACUCCUGCUGAUGCCGUGAAGCUUUGCCGUGCCGUGGCGCUCUCCCAGCCUGCUGCCAAGGAGACUGAGGAGAUGCUCAACACUCCGGCUGCCAAGGAGACUGAGGAGCUGCUGAACACGGUGCCCUCGUUUGAUAUCUAG